AGAGUUAAUAAAGCCAAGAACUUGAUUAGGGUAAUUUUGGGCGGCUAAAAGUUUCACUAUUGGAACGGCAAGGAAUGAUAUACCAUCAUUUUUUUUUUCCCUUUACAUCAACAAAAUUCAACACUACGCAACUACCACUUCACAAAGACCGUUAUAAAAGCCAGUCCAAAGCACCCAAUAUUUUUCACUCAAACGACUACUUCAAGCCUCAAGUCACUCCAACGGCAGGACAAGCAUGAGUCCCAUGACUUCUUUCAUCUUCCUCUUCUUCUCUCUAGCAUUUCUCAUCACUGCUAGAGCUCAAGGCAGAGCUCCUCAUGGGCUUGCUAAUGCGAAUCCUAUGGCCUUCUCACCAUCAGCAGUCGAAUUCUUCCAUCCGAACACAAAGGAACCUCAUACAAAAAACCCAUGUGAUGAUUCCAGUUGCUCACCAUUGCCCCUAGCCACUCAAGUGCGUUCAACUCCAGCAUAUGAAAGCAAGUUCUCAACAUCCUCGAAAAGUGGAAACCGACUAGGAGCUGGUGCUAUUGCCGGCAUUGUCUUCAGUGUUGCAUUUGUAGUGAUACUUGCAAUGGGUGCUUUCUACACGUUCAGGACCCGUCAAGCCAAUGUGAGUCGGGCUCGUUCUGUUCCAGCAUCUAAUUCUGUUCAACCUGAUGCUUGAACUGCUCAGAUUUAGAAGCUUGGUAUUGCCCCUGUUUCAUCACCUACCCUUUCCUCCUGUUUCUCUCGUAGAUUUUUUUAGCUUUGGGUCUGUAGUGUAUGUAUAA